AUGGAGGUCUUGAAAUUGAAUGCACGAGAUGACGGGGAGGAAUACCACGAUGCGCUUGAUGAUUUUCCAUUUUACGACUGUGUCGAAACCUUUUCCGAACCAAUCGGAUUCGAUGAUGCCUUGUCGCAUUCAAAUAAAACUUCACCUACAUCGACUCUCCGCCGCCGCCGAUCUGCUGAUCAUCGACCAUCCUCCGAUAUUGACAAGGUGGAGUACUCAAAGCCAAGUUCCUCGGCGAGUUUGAAGAAUUACGUGAGAAAGCCCGGACUAUCACGCAAAAUUAAGGAAAGCGAUAGGCAAUUUGAAAACUUGGAGAAUUUGGAGUCUUCUGGUUCUGUGGAGGUCAAAUACUGCUUGGGAAGUUCAGAAAAUAAUGCAAAUCGAGAAGAUAUAGAGAAGAAUUGCGAAGUGUCUGUAAUUAUGGAUGCAAACAAUGAAAGGAUUGAUGUUGUUGGAGAUGGUUUGAAUUUGAGGGAAACUAGUGAUGCAAAUUCAAGUCUUCUGUUAUUAUUAGCUGGUUCAGUAAUAAAAGCCAUUGGCUUUCAAGUUAAUUUGAUGGUUGGUUUUUUCAUGUUUCCAAUUUGGUUAAUUUAUUACUCAUGCUUGUUUGCAAUUAAUCCGUUUGGGGUUUUAAAGCGUUCUAGACGGCAUUUACUUCGAAAAAUAACUAGAAUUUGGACUUUUGUAUGCAAAAAUGUGUCUCCAUCUGUGUAUGAAUGGUUAAAAGAGCACAAGUCAAUGUGGAAAUUGGGCUUGAAGUGUGGUUGGGGAUUGUUGUGGUCAGGUUAUGUGUGUGUUGUAUUGACAGGAUUGUUGUUUUCUGCAUUUGCAAUCGGUGGAUUACUUAUUAGGAUGGUGGUGGAGGAGCCAGUAAGAAUGAAAGGAAGUUUAAACUUUGAUUACACGGAGAAGAGUCCGGUGGCAUUUCUACCAAUAAUAGCAUGCCCUGAGGUAAGUCAGGAUGCAUAUCUUGUGAAGAACCCUGAAAUUGGGAAGGAUGGUGGGUUGAGGGUUAUACCUUCUAACCACAAGUUGCAGGUUACAGUUUCAUUGACAAUGCCCAAAUCUGAGUACAACCAAAAUCUUGGGAUUUUUCAGGUUAGAGUAGAUUUCCUAGCUGCCGAUGGUAGAAUUCUUGCAAGCUUAAGGCGUCCAUGCAUGUUGCAAUUUAGAAGCCUGCCUAUCCGCCUUUUGCUGACUUUUCUAAAAAUUGCUCCUAUUUUAACUGGUUAUACAUCAGAAUCACAGAAAUUGGACGUAAACCUCAGAGGAUUUAUUGAAGGUGCCAUGCCAACUGCCUGCAUAAAGGUGAUUAUUGAGCAACGAGCCGAAUUCCUUCUUGGUGCUGGUAUUCCUGAAAUAUAUGAAGCAUCUGUAUCCCUGGAGUCAGAACUUCCUUUGCUGAAAAAACUUGUAUGGUAUUGGAAGAAAACAUUAACUGUAUGGAUUAGCUUGACUCUCUUUACAAUGGAGUUGCUUUUUACUCUUCUCUGUUGCAAACCUCUCAUUAUCCCAAGAAUAAGACCAAGGGAAUAUUCUCCCAACAAUGGUGCUUCACAGAAUGAUCACUCAGUUCGGAGGUAA